ACUGACCGGCGUAGAGAAAGUGCCACGACUCCACACAGACAUCGACUGACUCCUCAACCCGGGAUAAGAUUUUUUGUUUUGUUUUUGUUUAGUUUUUUUUUGCCGACGUGGUAAGAUAGUUGCAUUCAAGUUAUUCACUUCUUUUUAAACUCUUCCUGAAGUGAUUCAUCACACGGUAAAGGUUUAAUAAGAAGGCGCACUUGCAGUCAUGGACAUCUACGAUCCUCAGACCCUUGGAAUAGUUGUGUUUGGUGGCUUCAUGGUGUUCUCAGCCAUUGGGAUUGCCCUCGUCUCAACAUUUUCCAUGAAGGAGACCUCAUAUGAAGAAGCUAUAGCCAAGCAACGAAAGGAGCUAGGAAAGACCCAAACAGGCCAACGAACAGACAAGAAGAAAAAGGACAAGGCAGCUGAGAAGAAAAACCGAGGUAAGAAAAAAGAAGAUAAGGCCAAUGGGGAGUCAGAGGUCAUCCCUGAGGUUGCAGAAGCACUAGCUAAACCCACUCCAUCAAUACAACCUGCCCCAGAACAAGUAGCUGCUCUGACACUUCAACCAGAAGCCCCUUCCCAGAAGUCGAAUCAGACCGCUCCAGACCAGAAAUCUGCUUCUCCUGCUCAAAAAUCUGCUUCACCUGCUCCUGCCCAGAAAUCUGCUUCACCUACUCCUGCCAAGAAAUCCACAUCGCCUAUCACAGCCCAGAAAUCUGCUUCUCCUGCUCCUGCCCAAAAAUCUGCUCCAGCUGCCCCAGCCCAGAAAUCCACUUCCCCUACCCCUGCUCAGAUAUCUGCUCCACCAGCCCCUGCCCAAAAAUAUGCCCCAGCCCAGAAAUCUUCUCCAUCUGCCCCAGCCCAAAAGUCUGCUUCAACUGCCCCAGCCCAGAAGUCUGCUUCAACUGCCCCAGCCCAGAAGUCUGCUUCAACUGCCCCAGCCCAGAAGUCUGCUUCAACUGCCCCAGCCCAGAAAUCUUCUCCAUCUGCCCCAGCCCAGAAAGUAGCUCCACCUCCACCAGCCCAAAUUGCUGCUUUAGUUACCCCAGGCCAAAAGACUUUACAAAAUGCCCCAACCCAGAAAUCCUCUCAACCUGCUCCUACCCAAAAACCCAGUCCAUCUGCCUCGGCGCCUUCUCGUAAGGCUGCAGCAGGUCCUACACCCUGUUCCAUUUUAGAUGAUGCCACACCUGCCCCAUCUCCUAAGAAUAAGAGGAAGAAGAAAGCCAAAGUGGAGUCUUCCUCAGCUGAGGUUCUGCCCAAAUCAGUGGCUCCGUUGGAGACGGUGACUAAAAAGGUUCCAGUGAUGGCCGUACCUCCAGUGGGCACUCUAAAAGCCACCCCAGUAACUGCUGUGCUGGCCAAAGCAGAGGAGCACAAACAAGAGGCUCCACCUAAGAAGAAAGCAGGAUCCAAGAAGGCAGAGUCAGCGGCGGCUGCAGACCCCGCAGACAGUCCAGUGUACCUACCAUAUAAGGCUUUGGUGUCCACCGUUAGGAGUAUGGUGUUCAGUGAAGGAGAGGCCCAGCAGCUCAUUGAGAUUCUGUCUGAUAAAACUGGCAUCAUCCAGGACACCUGGCACAGGGCUACACAGAAGGGUGAUCCAGUAGCCGUUCUGAAGAAACAGCUGGAGGAACGGGAAAAGCAGCUGGCAGCCGAGCAGGAGGAUGCAGCAGCUGCUAAGAGCCGUCUUAGAGAACUAAAUAAGGAGCUGUCUGUGGAGAAGUCAAAGGUGGCAUCUGUAGAGACCAGGCUGAGCUCUCAGCUGAGCAAGCGAGAGCAGGAUAUUAUCGCCUUGCAAGCACGUAUGCAGGCCAGUUAUCAAGAUCACCUCGCCGAGACCCAGCAGCUUAAUGCCAAAGUCUUGGCUCUCCAGGACCAGCUGGAGAAAGGCCCGAAUGCUCAGCUGGCCCGUCUACAGCAGGAGAACUCCAUCCUCAGAGAUGCUCUCAACCAAGCCACCAGUCAGACUGAGAGCAAACAAAAUGCUGAGUUGGCCAAACUGCGUCAGGACUGCAUGCGGCUGAAUAAGGAGCUGAUUGAGAAGAACGAGUCCUUGAAGGCUGAUGAACAGCUCAAGAAAAAUCUGGAAUCUAAAGCUGCCACUGCUGAGAAGCAACUGGCCCAGCUACAGGCAAGCUUGGUGAGCAGUGAACAGGCCCUGCAAAAGCGUCUGGAGGAAGUGAGUGAGGAGCUCAGACAGACCCAAAGCAGCAGAAGCAGCCUUCAGACACAGCUGGAACAAGCUCAGCGAGAUGCCAAUGCUUUAGCAGAGGCUCAAGCUCGUGUGGCCAGUGUGGAGGCAGAACUAAGAGAGAGUGCUGGACAGGUGGAGAGUCUGCAGAGCCAGCUGAAGCAGACACAGGUGGAGAAAGAGCAGCUGCAGGAGGCAAGCCAGAACAAAGAACAGAACCACAAUUCAGAGGCUUUGACGGCUGAACUGGAGCAAGCAAAGAGCAGCCUGAAGGAGAAAGAGAGUAGAGUUUCAAGUCUUGAAGAAGAGAUGACCCAACUCAAAAACACCAUCGUCAAUCAGGUGGAUAACAGAGCAGAGGUGCAACAGUUGCAGCGCAGCAUAAAAGAAAAAGAUGACCAAAUAGCAACUCUUCAGGAAGAAAUUCAGCAGGUUAAAGAGCAAAGUUCUGACCUUAAUAAACUUGAAAACACAAAAAUGCUGGAACAGCUACAAAACAGUUUGAAAGAAGAGGAGGCUCGGGUGGCUUCAUUUGAGAAUGAGUUGAGACAGUAUAAAGAACAGUGCAACACUAGAAUGGAAGACAACAAAGCCAAAAUGGAGUCAGUACUUAAGAGUGUAACUGAGAAAGAAAGCCUUGUGACAUCACUACAGCAGGAACUGCAUCAACUCAAGGAACUAUAUCAGUCACAGGGCAAGAGUUGCGAGAGUUUGGAGGACGUGUUGAAAUCUUUCCAGACUGAGACCAAAGAAGUUCUUCAUUCCCUUUUCCCACACAUCAACAUAGAGACAGAACAGACAAAAUGGCUGCAGGACUUUGCUGUGAAAGCACAAGAGGCAUUAAAUCAAAAGCAGCAGACCCCAGAAUCCCAGCAAAGCCCAGAGAUGUUGGAGGUAAUGGGAAAACUACAGACAGCCCAAGAGAGUCAGUCUACACUACAGGCAGAGUGUGAACAGUACAGGAGUGUACUGGCUGAGACGGAGGGGAUGCUUAAGACCCUUCAGAAGAGUGUAGAGGAGGAGGAAAGUGUGUGGAGGACCAAGAUAACAGAAUCAGAGGAGAAACUGAGGAUGGCACUCAAAAAGGUUCAAGAAUUAGAAGAGACAACAGAGAGUUUGAGAGCGGAGAAUCAAAGCAGUCAACAGCUGAAGGACAAGGUUAUUUUGCUAGAGGACCAACUAAAGGAACACAUUCAGUCAGCUUCUACGGACAGCCAGAGCCAAUCUGAAGAGAUGAUGCAUUUAAAGCAGCUUUUAUCGGAAUCGGAAAGACAACUGAGUGCAGCCCAGAAAGAGAUUCAGACACAGAGGGAGGAGCUUUCACAGGUCAGGAAGCAGCUUGGUGAUGUGACACUGCGAGCUCCGGGAGUGGCUGAGAACGGGCAGCCUGAGGCGGAGGAGUGUCAGAUCCAGGCUGAGCAGAUGGUGGAAAAACUGCAAAGUGAACAGGCUCUAAACCAUCAGCUGUCUGCAGAAGUAGAGCAGGUGCAGGAGACCCUCAGAAACCAGCUUCAAACCCAUAUGGAACAAAUGAAGUCAGCUGGAGACACUGAAGCCAUGGAGGAUGUUGCUCAGAUGAAGGAGUGUCUACAAAUGGAGCGAAAGAUGACUAAAGAUUUAGGCCAGGCAGCCACCAAACUCCAGCAGCUGCUCAGAAACAGUCAGGACCUACUUGCCAAAGAAAAAGAAAAAGUCAAGACCCUGCAGGAUCAGUUGCAUGAAAGGGAGAGUAGUGGAGAGGUGAAGGAAGGCACUUCUGUUUGAGGAGGAAAACACUAAACAUUUUGCCAAAAAUUGCCUUAAGAUGACCAAAAUGAAGCAUUCUGGGAAGUUUUUUCUUUUUGUUGUACUGUAGUCUUGGGAAAAAAUUGCACUUUUUGGAUAAAACUUUUUUUAUUUAGGAGAUGUGCUGGAAUGAUUUUUACUUUACACAUUCCAGGUAAAAUCUUAUGGCUGUGUCAGAAUUAUUCCUCAACUGCCUUAUGUUUUCUGAGUGCUCCUGCAUUUCUCCCCCUGAUGUCAGUGUUAAAAGGGAAACCGUAUGUACAUAAAGUGUACAUCAGUUAGUGCAAUUACUUGUAAGUGAAUGAGUAUGCAUACUUUUAUGGAACAUGGAUAAAGAAUUUGGAAUGCCCUCUCUGUAGCUGGUUUAAAGACCACUGUAUAAGUUUGAUGAUUAAUAAACAUACCUACAACAUA